CGCUCCAGGUUUUGCUUUUCUGCAGGUGUAGUGCCUUGGUUCAGACACAAGGGGGCAAUAUGUCCUAUUUAUAAAUACCCCCUCCAGCACCUGGGAAAUGGUAAACAUUAAUAGCUCGGCUUGUGUGAUAUUGCAUAUAGCAACGUGUGAAAACACCUACAUUGAGUGCAGUUUCUUCUGUUUAGAAAUUUUUUUUUAAACUGCGAUUAGUUCCUUUACCUUGCCUUUAAAUGCAACUGUUUUUGUUCUGGAUUUGUAUCUUCCAGUACGCAAAAUGACGGUUUUUUUGAGUAGUGCUUGGAUUAGACGAGGAGGACAACCAGCAAGCUGCACUUUUUAGCUUUUGAUAGUUUUAUUUUUUUGGCUGUCAAUGGAAACCCAACUACAAAUCUCGAUGCAAAGAAUGAGACACAAUUAAAAUGGUUUCGCUAGGCUCUCUUAAGUAUAGGCUUUGUUGCGUGAAACGGCACUUGGGUAACUUCUUAUCCCAUCGUCAGGCUUCCACUUUCGGAUUCAAGUUAUUCGUUUAUUUUGAAAAAUAUUGAGGUCGCCUUGGAAAUUUAAGGGAAAUAGUGCGCCAUCUCAGCUUUUCUGAAAUACUGAGAACACACGCUGGGGGACUUCGACAGACAGCGGUUUUUUCGGACGUUGCUUACAGUUAACAGUAUCGCUUUUAGUCUCAAACAUGUCCUUAAACCUCAUGUUUUAUACGUGCUCAAUAAGCAGAACAUUUCCUGGAAUAACAACGUCAAUGCGAUAACAGCAGUCUGGGGAUUUUUGUUUUGUUCACCUAGGUUUCAGUUUCGAAAGAAAAGUGAGAUUAUUCAUGUCUCCCCCUUCUUGAAAAAAUACACGUUUUAAGUCUUUUUUUAAUGCAGGUUGUCCGUAAUUAUUCUGCUCGCUUUUACCAUGUUUUCUUUUGUAAAUUUAAAGUGAGACUUGCUGCCAGUUGUAAUGUGUGUUUUGCACAAGUACGGGAAUGGGGACGUUGGUGUAUACAGUUGAAUUCUGUAAAAGUAAAGAAUGUUGCACAGAACUAUUGCAACAUCCCCUCUUUAUGUAACUGGUGAAUGUGGUUCUCUUUUAGGCCAAUUUAUUGAGAAUAUCAACAUUCUUUUGAAAGGAGAACCAAGAAAUACUUGCUGGAAAAUAUUGCCAUUUCACUUCUGCAAAAAUGGUUUUGGAACUGCGUGGUUGACCUCUUCAUUACACAUAUUGCAGCGACUGCAUUUUAACUAAACCAGCUGAAGUCGCACAAUAUCACAAGACCCCAGAUGGUGGAGACAAGAAUAGCUGUGUGCUACAGAUGAGCAAAAUUCCCAAUAUUUCCUGGAAUGGUGCAAGUUAAAAGAAGACAGGCCGAAAGCAGUCAGUUGUGUUGAUGGACAGUAUUGCUGACAUCUGUCCAUUUUCACUACAUGUGAGCAAUUAUUUCAGGUUUACCUAACCACUAUCGCAGCUAAAACUGAACGCAGCCAACCCCUUCCUAAGUGUGGCCUUCAGAUUCCUACAGCUUCUUGCAGUUUGACUAAUGCAGGCUCAAUCAGUCCAUCGCUCGAGGUUUGUAACAGUUGCCAGUAAAGCGAGUCUGACCAGUGUGACCUGCAGCUUAUGACUGCGAGGAACUGCGAGGAGGCUGUUGAGCAGUGGCGAGUGGGGUCACCCGCUGUACUGUGGAAGAGGGCUUCCUGCAUGUCAUGGAAAUUAUGUACACUGUCACCAGAGAACAUACAAAGGAAAAUGUGGUCCCUUUCCUGGUAAGUGAAGAGGUCAUGAAGUGAGUCAAACUGUAAAUCAGAUCAUCUAUCAUUGUUUUUAUCAGUAUAUAUUUUUUUUUCUGAUUUCCCCUUUGAUCUAUAUUUUGAUCACAAGAUCUUUUGAAGGUAAAAAUGAGAAGUGACUGGAAUAUGAAUGGAGGGGAAAGGUAAACGGAGGAGGGCAGAUGUGGAUGGAGAGCGAGGAGAUGUUGCAUAGCAGUGGCAUGUUUCACUCUAAUGACUGGAAAACACCAGUGAGUGCAGAACGCGUGAAUGAAGAGCAGUGAGAAACAUUGCCAGGUGCUAAUCGAGUGUGGAUCAUCUCCCAGGCCUCUGACUCAAAACCAGAAACGACGGUUUGCCUGGAAUGACAAACCAGAUUCAUUUCUGGUUAACCAUUUCAUGUCUGCAGGCUGCUGACCUCAGCACGAGCUUGAAAUGAAUAGCUGGGAAUUUUCUCUCUGCUUUUAACUCCUCUCUGCAGCUCGUCCCUUCAAAGUUUUCUUAGCUUCUACCUUGGUUGUGACUCAUUGUCAUUCUCGCAUUCAGCCUUGGCAGAUAGCCUAACGCUUUACGCUGUUCACAAUCCAGAAUAGUCCCAGUGAUUCAGUCUGUAUUAUUAUUUCCAUUCUUCUUUCCAUUUUCAGUCUUUCAUAACGCUUUACUGAGAGAUGCAUGUGAUCAAAAUGUUAAUGUUUGAUGCUUUUAAGAAAAUCUUCUACUAUGAUCUCUGGUAAAGAAGGAGCUGAGCCAAAUGGCAAAGCUCUCGGUUUACCAGUCGAUCUACGUUCCUACCCUCACCUAUGGUCAUGAACUGUGGGUAGUAACUGAAAGAACGAGGUCGCGAAUACAAGUGGCUGAAAUGGGUUUCCUCUGCAGGGUGGCUGGGCUCUCCCUUAGAGAUAGGGCGAGGAGCUCGGUCAUUCGGGAGGGACUCGGAGUAGAGCUGCUGCUCCUCUGCAUUGAGGAGCCAGUUGAGGUGGCUCGGACAUCUGGUCAGGAUGCCUCCUGGACGCCUCCCUGAUGAGGUGUUUCGGGCAUGUCCCACUGGGAGGAGGCCCCGGGGAAGACCCAGGACACGCUGGAGAGACUAUGUCUCUCGGCUGGCCUGGGAACGCCUCAGGAUUCCCAUGGAGGAGCUGGAUGAAGUAGGCAGGGAAGGGGAAGUCUGGGUUUCCCUGCUUAAACUGCUGCCCCCGUGACCCGAACAAGAAAAGCAGCAGAGGAUGGAUGUAUCAUCACCCAGAAGUGUGCAGGAGAAAAGACAAGACCAGGCUGAAGUGGAUACAGACGUCAAGAGCAGUACGUCACCAACCCAGCACAGCCUGGAAAUGGAGAUGUCUGGUCCCGUCGAUGACGGGGAGGACGGCACUGGAACUGGAGAGUUGGAGAUGGAGGAGAAGACAUUUUUGGCCAGUUUGUACCGCUUCAUGGAGGAGAGAAGCACGCCCAUAGAGAGGAUACCACAUUUGGGCUUCAAGCAGAUUAACCUCUGGAGGAUCUACAAAGCUGUGGACAAGCUCGGGGGUUAUGACUCUGUAACCGCCCGGAGACUUUGGAAAAAUGUCUAUGAUGAGCUGGGGGGCAGCCCAGGCAGUACCAGUGCCGCCACCUGCACCCGCAGGCACUAUGAGAAGCUGGUGCUGCCCUUUGAGAGACAGCUGAGGGGGGAGGAGGACAAGCCGCUGCCCCCAGCUAAACCACGAAAACAGUACAAAAAGAGCCCAGACAGCAAGAACAGCAAAGCUGAGGGCAGGAAGAAGAGGAACCAGUUAGAGCCUGAGAGCCAGCUGGGUGCUGAGGAGAAGUCUGAGGAUGAUGUGCACUGCGAAGCAGGGAUGUGCACCCACCCUGUUGCCUGGACCCUACCAGCUGACCGGCCGCAGUCUGACCUCUGCGGCCCACAGAUGGGGCUGGCCACAAUGAAAGACAAAUCUGCUACUGCCUGCCCAGUCUCGCAGCUGGGCAGUGGGCUGUUUCCCAGCAUGCAGUCAUCAGGUGGCGAGGUGAUCUCUCCGCUAGAGAAGAAGAAACGCAUGGCCCAAGCCAGCCUCGGCCUUUCCAAGCUAAGCCACAGUCCGGAGAAAGAUAGCGGGGAGAGGCCCUCUGUGAUCCACUGUGCUCAGUCCCCAGGUCUUCCCCGCUCUGACAGGCCCCAUGGCUCCUCUGAAGCGUCCCCCGUUCCUCAAUCAUCUCCCUCCACGUCUCGCAGCUCCUCACCCUGUUCUGUGUCGUCCGACGACUGCCAGGCCAUCCUGGACAGUACCACUUGUGUGCAAAACCUUGUAUCUCAAACUCCAUCUUCCUAUGUAGGUAAUUUCACCUCUGUCUCCUACACCGGUGGAGUUUACAAGCCUGUGACCUGUUAUCCCAAUGUUAAGGAUGCAGCUGGCUACCUUAGGCAUCGCAGAGACUUUCUGCAGGUCGAGGCAGAAGGGGUCAAGGGGCAAAGAGCUGAUUCAUCCUGGAGUCCAAAUUGCAAGGGAGAGGACAUAAACCCUCUCCUCAAACCCCACCAGACAUCAUCUUCUAACUCCAGUUCUGCAGGAUACAAGCCUAACUGGAUCCCAACCAUGUCUAACUUCACUAAAGUUCAUCCAAAGACUCUACCACCAAGACCUUUUCAGCCAGGCUACAAACUUCCCCAAAACCUCAAGAGACCAGCUAUGGAUGAGAUGACUGCUUAUGGGAAGAAACUGCAGCAGGUCCCCCCACUGUAUCAGGGAGAUCUAAAGGAAAAGUUCAAGCCAAGCCUGCCUAAACCUCUCCCUACCCAGCAUCCCCUCUUCCAUUCCCAUGCCAGCAUGGAAAUACCAUACUGCCUUCCAUCCUAUGGAAAGACAAGAUCUAUUUCAGGCCACCAACUCAAAGGCCUACAGUUGCCCCCCUUGUUUGUACCCACGCAGUUGACUCUUCCCGCCACCCAGCCAAACUCUGUGUAUCACCGCAUCGUGGCUGGAGCUGCCUACUCUGUUCCAUUAGAAGCUGUGCGUCCCUAUCCCUAUCCGUUACCAAUCUGGCAACCCCAAGUUGGGUACACCAUUGCUGGCUUACAUCCACAGUACCCCAACACUAAGCUGUGACGCAAACAGUGAUUGAGUUACAGCUGUGUCUUGAUUGUAUCCUGCAUGACUGACAGAGGUGGGAUGGGGCUCCAUCGUGCAGAUCAACACCCCCCCGCUAUCUAGAUGCAGGGGCUGACCUCAGAGUUUGGCCGGAUGCCAGAGUAUAGGCCCUGAUUCAGGUAGUUGUCUCAGCAUUAGGGGGUGUACAGGUGUGGAUUAAGCACACCGGUUCUGGAAAAGGUGCCCAUAACGUAAUAGACUGAAACAUUGUUAAAUGAGAGACCUCAUUGCAGGAUAAUCUCCAGUGGUUACAUUCUCAAAUGUUUUAGAUUAGCAUUUCACUCAGGAUUCGGAUUCGUCUUACCAGUGUUCAGAGUUGGAGAACACAUGCAAUGUAUUAUAUGGGAAGCGGACACUUGAAAAUUGUGAAUGAGCAGCUCUUCGCCAAAAUAAGCAUCUAAUUCAUCAUAAUAGCAAGAACUGUUGAUUAAUUAAACCUUUUUUUAAAUCCAGUAGGCCAGUAUGUGUCCCGUAAGCAUAUGACUGGUUGAAUUACGACAAUGAUAGUGUUGUUGUAUAACACCUCUUAUUGUCUCCGAUGGGCUUUGUUAUCAUGUGAACAAUACAAAAAUGACUUCAUCCUUGCAAACUCUAUACACUACAGCUGGACUGUUUUCUGCGUACUGGAUUAUUGGACUACAUUUGGUGGUGUAAAACAAUAGAGAGCGGCUGUGAGAAAAUAAUAUGAAUUUAUACUCCCUGUUUCCAAAAAAUGAAAUUUUUAUUUCAACUGUUAGCUGAAAAAUUGCUUCCAUUUAGACAUUGGAUGUGUUUCUCAUGUACAAUGAGAACUUGGAAAUAUAGAUUACCUAAUGCAUGAAAGGUUUUGCAUGAAAAUUUUCAGCAAUGGAUAAAGUACUCUGCUCCCCAUAUAUGACUGCACAACUCAUUCAUGUCAAACAUAGGUGUAUUGUGGAGAUAAUUUUUUUGGAAAUUUCCAUAGACACUCUUCACUGAACUGCCAAAUGUCAUGGCUACCUAUGAUAUUAACUGUUGUAUUUAUAGUCUUGUUUCAACUUUUAGCUAGAUGCGACAAAGUUAUGUUGUUUGUUUGUUUUUUGAAUUGUUUUGGAAUAUCUCUAAAAUAGGUACUGCUGCCAUUCAGUUUCAGUGAAAAGUGUUUGUGAAUGUGGGAGUGGAAAUUUAGAACUUUCAGCGUACCCCGUGACGCGGACAUCAGAAGGGAACGUAAAUAGCUGUGUCCUGGUUAGGGCUCCCCUCUGUGGCAACAGCGAGUAUUACACAUAGAUUGACCUCAGAGAAGUUCAUCUGCCUUUGACUAUGCAAAUUAUUACCCGAUGUUGCAAAAAUGGGGUUAUUACUGAAGACAUGUUCUGAAAGAUGUAUACAUCCGCAUGAAUGAAUCCAGCAUAUAAGUCUUCCAGCAAAAUGACUUGCACUUGCUUGUUUGACAGUUUACGGUUUAUGUUAUAAGUUUAGUAAAUUCACAGAUUACAUUUAUUGUAUUCAGUCUGCAACAGAAACAAACUUGUGUAUUUUUGUACUAAUUAAAAUAAAAUGUAUAAAACCCAAUAUAA